AUGAGUGUUUUUGAUACGGAGCUUUUCAUCCUGAAAAUUGAAAAAGAAGAGUGCUUAUGGAAAACAAACUCCAAAGAGUACAUGGUUGAUCGCUAUGUUAAAGCCAAAGCCUGGAUAAACGUAGCAUCAAGUAUGUUUGAUGAGUGGGAAAGCUUCAACAAGGAAGAACAAGAAUUAAAAGGUAAGUUUAACUUUAAACUUUUUUAUUACAAACUUAAAGUUUAUGAAAAUGUUUUUGCUACAACAUAA